GAAAUGUUAUUUAAAACUUCCUUGUUUCGGCGACCAUCUUGAAUAUUGAAUAUGAGACUAUUUCGUGUAAACUAUUCGGGGUGUCAGAGGAAAUAAACAUUUUGUUAUAUCAAUUUGUACAGUAAUUGUUUAACCUGGAUAUUGACACCAGAGGUGUGGUCGAAAUAACAAAUAUAAACAUUGCCAUUCUGUCAGUUUUCGACACUCGGAUGACAGCUAUGAGAACUGCACAUUAUUUUGACUUGUUGGUGAUUUGUGUGUCACUAACAAGGACGUGUUAUGGAAUUGGAGAAGAUUGCACUUUGGAAAACUGUUCUGGUUCUGGUGAGAUUUGUGUUGAGGGCAACUGUGCAUGUGACUCCAGCACCCACUACCAAGCUCAAGUAGGAACACAAUGUUCAGCGAAGGGCACCUCCAUAGGUGGAGCAUGUACAGUGCCUGGUCUCGGUUCAAUUGGCUCCGCCUGUAGUGCCUCAAAUUCACAAUGUACAGGGUCCAGUGGUGAGGGUCAAGGAACUUGUUCUUGCUUGAGUGGAAAUUACCAGUCCGCCACAAACGUUUGCAGUCCAAUUGGCACCUCCAUAUGGGGAUCAUGUACAGUGCCUAGGAGCGGCUCAAGUGGCAACCCCUGUAGUUCCCAAAACUCCAUAUGUACAGGGUCGAGUGGCGAGGGUCUUGGAACGUGUUCUUGCUUGAGUGGAUAUUACCCGUCGGCCACAAAUGUGUGCAGUCAAAUUGGCACCUCCAUAGGGGUUUCAUGUACAAAACCUAGCAGUGGCUCAAUUGGCUCCCCCUGUAGUGCCCCUGCCUCACAAUGUACAGGGACCAGUGGCGAGGGUGCUGGAACGUGUUCUUGCUUGAGUGGAUAUUACCCGUCGGCUACAAACGUGUGCAGUACAAUUGGCACCUCCAUAGGGGCCUCAUGUACAAAACCUAGCAGUGGCUCAAGUGGCAACCCCUGUAGUGCCACAAACACACAAUGUACAGGGUCCAGUGGCGAGGGUGCUGGAUCGUGUUCUUGUUUGUAUCAAUAUUACCAGUCUGUCACGAAUGUGUGCAGUCCACAGGUGGGCCUCGGUUCCCAGUGCACCAUGAAAUCAGCAUGUUUAAAUGAAAACUCUGACUGCCUUGGACAUCAGUCUGGUAGUGGAUCAACUUGUCAGUGUACAAACAACUAUUUUGACACAAACACCGUGGACAAUAUUCAGGGAUCGUGUAUCAGAAAGAUUACAUUGGAUAGUCGGUGUGACACUUCUCAUAGCAAUUUGGCCCAGUGUGCUGCUGACAAUGCUAUAUGUGACUCCAGAUAUAGUUAUGCUUGCAAAUGCAGAUAUGGCUAUUAUGUUGAUCCCAGCAAUACAGCAAAAUGUAAAGCAAGACAACCAUUGGGUGGAAACUGUCAGUACAAUACCGAUUGUACAGACUCCAAUGCAGAGUGUGCGAGCUCUAAAUGUAGGUGCGUUGAUGGAUUUUAUGACACAAAUGGGAUUGACAUGGAUGGAAUUUGCAAAUCAGUUGUUGAAUUGCGUGUGACCAACAUAAACUUCCAAGGUAUCACUACCUCACAGUUUUCUGUUAGCUGGGUCAUACCAGAUGAGAAAGGACAAUAUAUUCAGACGUUUGUUGUGGAGUGGAUGCCAAAGGACAAUACUUUUGGAGAUGGAGGAACUAAGACACUAUCUGGCUCACCUACUACAGCCCUGAUUGAUAGUGGAAUAAGUGCAGGAAAAAGCUACACUGUGAAAAUAACUUCUAUAAAUUCUCAACUGGGAGUGAACAGAUCAGUUUUUUCAUCUGCUGAUCAGGAUGCAAAACCAAAUCCACCAACAUGGAAGGAAGCCACUGAUGUAAAUCCUGCAAAUGACCACACAAUAACAGUGUCAUGGAAUGCUCCAUCAGGAAGUGUCUAUGGUUAUCAAGUGAGUUUGGUUGAUGGAUCAACACCAGUCCUAUCAACAGCGGUAUUGCAGUCAACUUCUACCAAACUAUUUUCCACUCAAAUAAAAAAUGGACACUUUUACACUGUACAGAUUAUUAGCAAGAGCCAAAGCAACACUGUUGAUAGUGUUCCACUUAAACAUGUAAUAAAAACUGAAGUUAUAGCACCUGGUCCUCCGACUGGAGCCAAUUGUAAAGACGUUAAAGAUGAAUUCAUUAUAGUCGGGUGGAAUGCUCCUGUAGUACCGAAUGGAGAUCUCCGACAAUGCUUUGUUCAUGUUUAUAAUACAAGUGGUCUGGUGAAAAUUGUCGGUACUGACGCUAUUAUAAAUGAACUUAAGGUCUCAGGUUUAGAUCCAGGGACAUACUAUACGUUCAAAAUAUACACUCAAAACGAAUUGUUCAAUUCCACUUCAUCUGAUGCUACACACUGCCAGACUAAUGCCAGAAUGUCUGAUCCACCUGAAGAUCUCUCCGCAUCGGCAGUGUCAAGUCGAGGAUUUACAGUGUCAUGGCAAAAGCCUGUGAAUACUUACAGUGAAGAAAUACUUGGCUAUUUGUUGCAAGUCAAAGCUGGUGAAACAUGUGUGGUAGAGAGACAAUUUAAGUGUUCGAAUUGUUAUGUAUUAUAUGAUGUAAGUGAAAACCAUAUGAAUAUGAGUUUAUGA